AUGAUGAAGUGUACCGUGACAAUGAAGGCAACAACGACAUUUCGUGGAACUGCUCGUUCUGUUCAGAAAGAAUGUAUUUUAAUAUAUAAUAAAAAUACCCAUGAAGUGACUGUACAGUUGAAGCAAACCCGUGAGGGACGAAAGCCCAAUACAUCCUGCCUUCGUCAUUCUGAGGCUUCACAUUUCCUCCCGCUCUACCUAACCGUUCAGAUCAAGAAAGGAAUUUGAAAUCUAGUCGACCUCUACUCCUCCUGUUUUAGAAAAAAAAAUUUGUAUUGAACAAGGAAGGA